AUGGAAGUUAUGCAAACACAUUACGAGGCUUUUAAAAGAUUUCUUGCUACACAUCUUAGAGAGCAAGCCGAGGGAGCAAGUUCACGAGCUGGUGCUCGCGAUAAACUGACCAAACUCAGCAAACAACAGUUUCAAGAACUCUCUAUAGAUGUCUAUGACGAAUUGAUUAGACGAACAAUGGGUACGAACGAAGGUAUCGUGUUGCGCUUGCUUAUUACGUUGUUACGUGGACUGUCUUGUCUCCCGACACGUGAAGAAUUUCAUCCAAAGAGAAAUCAAGCACGCCAGAAAUUGUCAACUCUUCCGAAAAAUCGAUUCAAAGAUCUGGCAAGCGAUGUAUAUUAUGAAUUAGAUAGGCGAUUUCCAGAACUUAAAGAACUUAACGAACUUAACUUCCAACAUAAUGAAAAAAUUCCGAUCCCUGCAAACUUAGCAGACGGUGUCACUUUUCAAGCACCAAAAUCAAAUACUAUUGUUCCGGAAAAAGGAAUUCUAAAAGAAGAAAUAAUAGCCUAUACAAUUAAAAAACCAACCAAAUAUGCGUCACCGCAAUCGCCAAAAAGUCGCACACAAUCGCAAGCCUCUUCAAUCUCAGAUUUUGGCCGACGCUAUAUACAGAGCGUAAGUAGUGAAGGCUCGAAUAAAGAUCGAAGCAGGGACACCGUUAACAGUCAAAAAAGUAACAAAAAUGAAGGACUUAACACCGCUUCACUUGAUAGUUUAAUGGCAGAUAUUGGAAAUAUGUUUGAUCAUAAAAUGCAAAAUGCUAAUUUGUCAUCUCAGAUGUCUUUCACUCCUGAUGUUAAUCGAAAAGAGACUCUAAAUAACUCUAAAUUAUCUAAUGGAAAUAAUAGUGAACAGACCCAAUCCGAUUAUCAAAUCCGUAUCGCUUCAUUGGAAAACAGAAUUAAAGAGUUAGAGGCUGAGCUAUUGGAAAAGAAUAAUAAUCUGGCUGCUAACGCCAAGGUUCGAGAACUCGAACAACAACUCGAAACACAAAGACAAAUAAAUAAACAACAAGCAUCGAAACUGGAGGAUUUAGAAAAAGAAUUUAGUAAAUUAAAUGAUGAUCACCAACAACAACAAGAGGUUGCAAACGAUGUACGGAAAGAAGCCACCACAUUACUAGAAGAGAUUGGGUCGCUUUCAAAGCAAAACGAUGAACUAUUUCUUGAAAAAGAACAGGAUGCUGCUCAAAUUAAAGCUCUAAAAGCAGAAGUGGACGAAUGGAAAAAUAAAUUUGAAAAGAAGAAGACCGAAUUACGAAAUCUUAAAGCAACGUCGUCUUUUGUAAAAGAGCCGCCAAAGAUUGAUGUCUUAAAAGAUAACUUAUUGACACCAGAUCAAGAUGGGGGGAUAGACGAGACACGAAUUAUUUCUUAUCAAGCAGCUAUUGAUGAUCUUUUGCGAGCAGGACGAUCUGAUGCCCCAACAAAUGUCUUGCUGGCAAUGAAAUCAAUUGUAAUCGCAUGCAAAAGCAUCACAGAAGACGUCGAAGCCUACGAACAACGAAAAUCAGCAUCACUAAAACCAGAAGACAAGGAUAAACUCUAUUCCCUAAAGACUAAACUUUCAGCCACUCUAACGAAUCUUAUGACGGCAGCCAAAAAUCACGCGACUGGUGGCGGGAUCUCGCCGGUUAGUUUACUUGAUGCAGCUGCAAGUCAUCUGACGGAGACAAUAGUAAAAUUAGUGAAACUUAUCAAACUUCGGCGUCUCGACGACAGCGCUGCAGAGUAUAACGAAGAAUUCAAAAAGUUGAGUAAUAAUAAUCUGCUGUCUGUUGAAACUACGAGUAUCUCGUCACAUAGUCGAAGUCCUACGCCAGCAUCACCUACAUUGCGACAAAAUUACAAGAGUGACACAGAUGAAUUACAGGCAGAUACGCGGCUUAAUGGUCAGACUGUUGAAAUAGAGGAUGCUAAAAAAUUCCUUGAACUGAAAAUGGAAACAAUAGUACAAUCGAUUCAAACCCUUCUCUCAGCUAUUCGCAGUAACAUACACGGCGACGAUAAUGUCCAAGAUGACAUCAACACUAUCAGUUCUAUUGUAUCAGAAGUUAUUACUAAAUGUCGAGCCGCUUUCUCGUCGCCGUCAGGGACAAGCUAUAAAGAACAAGGCGAAGUAAUACUGAAUUCUUUAGAGUCUAGUGUAUUUUCUUUGGAUGAGAUUCGCUCUAUUAUUAAAACAAACAUUGAAGAAUUCAGAACAAAUAAAGCUCUUAAGCAACGCUUGGCCAGCGCUUCCUUUCAAAUCGCUAAAUCUACAAAAGAUCUUGUUGGAUUAAUGGACUAG